AUGGUGGGGCAGGGGCUGUGGGUGUUUAAGCGCCGCUUUGGGAAGCGUGGGGGCCGGUUCUGGGUGGUGCCUGCUCUCUGUGUGCUGAUAGUCAGUGCUGCCCUGCUAGCUCUACUCUUCAUUGACUCCAUUGAGUCAUGGGCCACAUCCAUGAACAUGAACACAGUGGUAGAGGCGCAGGGGGGGAUCAUACCCCCUCAGGGUGUCCCCCCAACCAGACCCGAGGACUACCUCCUUAUGCCCAGCCCUCAUGUCUGUCAGCAUGCCAAGCCCUACCUCAUCACCAUGGUGACCUCCGCCCCAGCCAAUCAGAGGGCCCGCCAGGCCAUCCGGGACACGUGGGGUGGGGAGGUGGAGGUCAGGGGUCAUAGGGUCAUGACCUUGUUCAUGGUCGGGGUGGCCUCUGACCCCGGGAUAGCCAAGUUGCUGAUAGAUGAGGCCUGGGAAAGAGGGGAUCUGAUCCAGGGGCGCUUCUGGGAAUCCUACUCCAACCUGACCCUGAAGACCCUAUCGAUGCUGCGCUGGGCCCAACGCUUCUGCCCCCAGGCCCACUUCCUGGCCAAGGUGGACGAUGACGUCCUGUUCAACCCUGGGGGCCUGCUGCGCUACCUGAACAGGAGCACCGUGAACAACACCUACGAGCACAGGGACCUGUACCUGGGCCGGCUCCACCUCCACCGGCACUGCCUACAUCCUCUCCCCCGCUCCGCCCUGCUCAAGAUCUCCCUGACGGCCGCUGCCACGCCUCUGUCCACCCCUCUGCCCCCCGAGGACGUGUUUGUGGGUCUGUGUGCCCGCACGGCCGGAGUGCUGCCCUCCAACUGCCCGCUGUUCUCUGGCGGGCCUGCGGUGCCCUACGGGCGCUGCUGCUACCAGACCAUGGUGUCCAUCCACCACAUCUCCCCCAGAGAGAUGCUCCGGUUCUGGGCUGAUGUCAACUCCCAUCCCCCCUGCUCCUGGUUGGGUCUGCGUGCCUCCCUGGCGGUCUGUAAAGUCCGGGCCAUGCUGGGGACCUUUCUGGGGGUGGAGUAG